UCAACUCCUCCCAACAUUUCGGUUGAGUGAAUUCAAGCAUAAAGCUAACGUUCCUGUUUCUUUCUCAGUCAAUUUUCUCUUUUCUUUCCUUGAAUUGAAGAAAACUGGCUAGUCGCAAUGCUGUCUCAUGAUUGAGUAGAAGAGACUGUUGUCGUCAAAAAGACAUGGGCAACUGUGUUACAGUUUACAAGAACAAAGAUCCUGCAGCCAUGAAUCUUAGUGCCCAAAUUCAAUCACCCAGUAAGGAGAACUUUGUCAGAAGGGAGCACUCAGUUGCUGAACUCGGUUCCAGGCCUCAGCCGUCAUCACUGGAACCAGAAACUAGUUUUCGAAACUUGAGUAAAACAGAGAAUUUUUUCGAUUCCCAGCCCUGGCUAGAAUCUGAUUGUGAAGAUUUCUUCAGUGUCAAUGGUGAUUCUACCUCUUCUUGCGGUAACAGCCCUAACCACCAGAAAAGCUUCACGGAAAGUUCUCUACCUGAUAAAAAUCAUUCUACGGACUGUGCACAGGAUGCAGUAUCUCAACAUUCUCCAACUGAGACAAAGAAGCAACUAAUUGAGUUAUUUCGUGAAAGCUUUGAUGAUGGUGAUGCUGUAAACGAUGAUCCAAGUUUAGACGGGCGGUUAAAAGAAAAACCUGCAACUUUCAGCCUCCGUCCAAAAUCUACAAGUAGAAGUCCAUCUGAAUCUAUCCCGAACUCUGUUCAAAGUAGUGAGGCAACUCCAUACAGGGGAUACCUCCCAAAAAAAGAAAAAUCAGCCCAGUCUGCGCAGUGCUGCCUUCCAAGUUUGGUGCGCAACAUGAGCUUUGGUGAGAGAAAAAAGAGGUUAAGCCCAGCCAAAACGGAUGGAUGGUAAAGCCAAAUAUUUAUUCUGUAUAAAUCUCUUGAGAAGUUAAACUUUUGAAGAUUGACUUGGUUAAACCAGCUACAAUCUGAAAACCUUUUUGCAACUUGUCUUUUAUCAGCAGCACAAUUGUAGAGUGAUGCAUAAACUGGGAAUUUUGUCCUAAUGUAUUGUUUAAGUACACCUUGUAUCUCAUAUUUUCCUAUAGUGGUUGAUAUGGCAUCUGUAAAAUGAGAAAUUUGUAAAUUUCUAUAUGUUCACUUGCUUGGUGUUGUGGCAUUA